ACAAUUGGUUUAUUUUACCAGGAAGACAUUAAAGGAUUAAAUAGUAAAAGAGAGAGAAAAUGAGAGUGUGAGAAUAAGACCUGAAAAUAAAAGACACGGGAGGAGACACGGGAGGAGGAAGCCGUCUCCGAUCCAAUGAAAUGGAAGAACUGGUCAGGUGUAGGAGAUGUGUACCAAGCUGCAGGAUGAUGUUGAGCACCGACGUGGUGCCGACAAAGAAAUCGGAGCGGAGAUGGGUUCAGCAAGAACGUCGGUGACGAAAACAAAAGGUUGUGGCAUUACAAGGGAUGGGUUGGUGUUGUUUGGAGAAAGAUACGGGUCAUGGAAUGCCAAAUGGAUGAUUCAACGAAUAAAGUGUUCCAAAUGCUUAUAUCUAGGAAUCGAUGAUGAACGACAAGAUGUUUUCACAACAGUUAAUGGGCUACAGAAAUUGAAACAUAAUGACCUUUCAAAAUCUUAG